ACGGAGAAGGAGAGGAGUAACAUCGUGGUGAAUUUCUCUUCUCGGUGUUUCUUUAUGUGAACAAAAUGAGGAAAGUUAUUUUCCUGCUGUGCCUCUGCCACGCUGCAUCCGCAGUGACUCACUCUCUGAAGUAUUUCCUCACUGGAUCUACUGGAGUCCCAAACUUCCCAGAGUUUGUGGCUGUUGGGUUGGUUGAUGAACUUGAGAUUAGUCACUAUGACAGUAACACCAGGAGAGCAGAACCCAAACAGGACUGGAUGAACAACUUCACAGAAGAUGAUCCUCAGUACUUGGAGACACAGACUGGGUACUGUAAGGGUGCCCAGCAGCUCUUCAAAGUCAACCUUGAAGUUGCAAAGCAGCGCUUCAACCAAACUGGAGAUGUCCACAUUGUCCAGAGGAUGUACGGCUGUGAAUGGGACGAUGUGACUGAGGAGGUUAAAGGUUAUAAUCAGUAUGGUUAUAAUGGAGAAGACUUCAUAUCAUUGGACCUGGAGACAGAGACAUGGGUCGCUCCAAAACAACAGGCUGUCAUCACCAAACACAAGUGGGAUAAUGACAAAGCUUGGAUGGCACAGACUAAACACUACCUCACCAAGAUUUGUCCUGAGUGGCUGAAGAAGUAUGUGAACUAUGGGAGGAGCGUUCUGCUGAGAACAGAGCUUCCCUCAGUGUCUCUCCUCCAGAAGACUCCCUCCUCUCCAGUCAGCUGCCACGCUACAGGUUUCUACCCUGACAGAGCCACACUGUUCUGGAGGAAAGAUGGAGAGGACCUUCAUGAGGACGUGGACCUCGGAGAGAUCCUCCCCAACCACGAUGGAACCUUCCAGAUGAGUGCUGACCUGAAACUUUCAUCAGUCCCACCUGAAGACUGGAGGAGGUACGACUGUGUGUUUCAGCUCUCUGGUGUGACGGACGACCUCGUCACCAGACUGGACAAAGUCAGGACCAACAGAGAGAAGCCCACUGACAUGACCGUCCUCAUCAUCGCUGCAGUGGUUGUUCUUGCUCUCGUCCUCAUCGCUGUGAUUAUUUAUAGAGUCUUCUUUUAUAAGAAGAAGGACGCCAAACGCCCUCCAUCUCCUGUAAACAACGCUGAGGUCUUGGAGGAACUGAAUCCAGGAUCCUAAAUGAUGAACACACCAGCCUGCACACACUGGAUUACCGCGUGCCUCUAAACUCACCUGACACUGAGAUACAGUCCAGCGCCGGAGUCCACGACACUCUGACGUCAUCCAGGUUGCAGCGACGUGAUUGGACGUCCAGCUGAGCCCGACUCACAGCUCCUCCUGGGUUUUCUCAGUCUGACAACGCUGCAGGUGGACGGAGCUGCCGAAGCGUCUGUCCACCAGAGGACAGAUUCACAUGAAGACGCUGGUGGAGGGGACAACUGAGGAGCAGCAGAUGUCCGAGUGUUGGCGAUGUGAACGUUCCCGUUACAGCAGCCGGCGAGGAAGACAGAGUCGCUCACACAGUGUAAAGACCUCAGACGACCUGCUGUGUCCGUCUGUGUUGGGACGAAAGGACAAGAACUGCUAUGAAAUAAUAUGACUAUCUUUGACUUUAUUAUCAUGUAACAUAGAUAUUUUAUAUUACAUAUUUAUUGAUACAUCUAAAUAUUUGUCUUCCAUCAAGUGGUCUUUUUAUUUCUGCAGUUUGGUAUGAUGGUCCCUUAAAGUCACUGAGCUUCAGUUAACCAUGAUUAUGGAUGUCGUCAUCAACAUCAAUAUAAGAAACCAAUUAAUAAAGGCUUUUAUACAGUU